AUGGCCGCCAACACUGCCUCUCUUCCAAGCAAAGGCACACAAAUGAACCACAUCGGUAUCCAACUCAACCCUGCCUAUCUUCCAAGCGAAACCACACAAAUGAACCACAGCGGUAUCCAACUCAACCCUACCUAUCUUCCAAGCGAAGGCACACAAAUGAACCAGAGCGGUACCCAACUGAAUGCCAACCCUGCCUCUCUUCAAAAUGAAGGUACCCAAAUGGAUGAGAGCGGUGGACAAAUGAAUGACGACGAAGUCUAUCCGGAAGACGAAGAUGACUAUUAUGACCCCAGCUAUGAGGAUCCCAGCUACGAGGACCCCAGCUAUCAGGACCCCAGCUACGAGGAUCCCAGCUACGAGGAUCCCAGCUAUCAAGACCCUAGCUACGAUGACCCCAGCUACGAGGAUCCCAGCUACGAGGAUCCCAGCUACGAGGACCCCAGCUACGAGGACCCCAGCUACGAGGACCCCAGCUAUCAGGACCCUAGCUAUGAGGAAGGCAACGAUGAGGGUCCUUGGGGCGACGAACCUUAUAUGCCCGAAGACGGCGCUCCCCCCUCGAGCUAUCCCGCUCCUCCAUCUGGUUACGGCGCUCCCCCUCCCAGCAGUGGUGCUCCCCCUCCAGGCAAUGGCGCUCCGCCUGGUAGUGGUGCUCCCCCUCCAGGUACUGGUGCUCCUCCGCCCGGUAGUGGUGUUCCCCCUCCAGGCAAUGGCGCUCCCCCUCCUAGUAGUGGCGCUCCACCCAGCAGUGGUGGUGCUCCCCCUCAAGGCAAUGGCGCUCCGCCUCCAGGUACUGGUGUUCCUCCGCCCAGCAGUGGUGCUCCUCCGCCCGGCAGUGGUGCUCCCCCUCCAGGCAAUGGCGCUCCGCCUCCAGGUACUGGUGCUCCUCCGCCUGGCAGUGGUGCUCCUCCCGGAACCGGCGCUCCACCUUCCAGCGGUGGUGCCCCUCCACCUGGCCCGGGUACAUCCAUUGAUCCAAAGUACUACGUGCAGAAUGGGCCCGCCACGGCGUUCGCGGCUACAUUUGACUCCAAAGUCUGUUCUUAUCAGACUUUGUUGGGUGCCUUUCGGACCACGAUACAGCAGGCCAAUGCCGGACAUGGCAACACUGAUUAUGCCAGUUUGAUCGAUCAAGCAAUUCAGCAGGUCAGCGGGCAGACUGGGGUCCCAACAUACAUCAUGCUGUGCAUCAUUAUGCAAGAAAGUACGGGGAAUCUGUUCGUCCCGACGACUUACGACGCGGAUCAACAACCGACAGGGGGGCUCAUGCAAUGUUCUGGCUGCGAGGGCCUGGCGGCAUCGGUCACCACACCCCAGCUCGGAGAUGUCGUCUCGAUGCUUACCACGGGUGCAAACCACUUUGCACAAUGCUUAAAGCAGAAGGAGAACAUCUACGAGGCGCUGCGGUUAUACAACUCCGGGAGCAUCGCCGCGAGCGGCGAUCUCAGCGAUCCUGCCAGCGUCGGUACGCCGUCGUAUGUCAACGACGUCGCGAACCGCACACAUGGCUGGAUUAGUGGAAAUGGCAAACCGGCCUAG